AUGGCAGCAGGAACGUGUAUGCACUGCUUUGGAAAAGAGGCGCUCUCCAUGAAGGAAAAACUGUCUUUUAGGAAACAUGAAAGAUACUUAGUGAUACAAGCACGUGCUUCAUGUAUGCAGCUAAAUCUCAUGCUUAUGUUGUUUUGUGAUCCAGAGACACUUAUUAAAGAUGUAUUGAAGGACCUAGAGAAACACCAGGUGAAUGUGGAGAAUCUCAGCUCAACAGAACUGGAUGAGAUCGCUGAUACUAUCGCCAAUGCAAUUCAAACAGUUGGCAUUCAGGAAGAAACGGAGGGUGGUGCUGGAAAAACUAGAGAAGACAAAACAGAAGCGCAAAUGAAAAAAGGAGGUGCUCAAGGAAGGACAGAGAUUCAAACUGGAUUAACGGAACACAGUGUUAACGUACCAGACAAUGGAGUGCAUGAAGCCAGUGAGAGAACUGAUAAACAGGAGAGCACUGCAAAACUAGUUAACUUCUUGAAUGAGAAUGCAUUACCUGAAAAUAUGCCUGAAGACCUUAUACCUGAAGAAUCUACCAAGACAGAAACCAAGAAAUCUGAAGACACUGACUCUUCUUCCUCAGAAGAAAUAAAUGCUGGUGUGGAAAAUGUAAAAAGUGAGACUUUCUCAAGGGAACUGACAGCUGCAAAGAACAGUGAAUCUGACUCCAAAGACCAGAACGAGACCCGCUACUGGAUUAAGAAUGCUUUAAUGCAGGAUGGAAACUCCUAUGAUGAGCCUCCUGAAAAUAUGGGACAAGGCUUACAACUUGAAGUGAAGUCUUCCGAGGAUAAAGAAUAUGGCUAUAUAGUGACAGUGAAAGACCCCCUGAGUGUGGAAAAGGGCUUGGACUUAAUAAAGGAAGUGGCAGAUCUCCUGAAGCUGCAGAUGAGUGUCUUCGAUGAUGUCAAUGUGCUAGGACCAGCUGUGACCUUCAGAGUGCACUCAAACCUCCAAAACAUUUCAACUGCAGAUGUUGCCAAAGCAGCAGCCAUAAACAAAGAGAAGCUUGAAAAAACAACUGGACUGAAAAUUCUGCAGACUGGCGUGGGGGAGUUCAUGCCUAAGAACUUAACUUGCCAGGAUUUCCGAGGUUCUUUGGUAACCUUAUUCACAUUAUUAAAAGACUUGGUCCUGAAGAGGAAUAGGCAUACCCUCAGGCAAGAGCUAAAAGGCAUGGGCCAAGAUCCNNNNUCCGACGCCCCCGCUGCUUAUCAGGAGCUAUGCCGUCAGCGCAUGGCAGUGAAAACAUCUGAUCGCCCGGAGCCCCUGCAUGCUUCUCGAAUAAAUAGCGUUUCCUCACAAUUUAGCGAUGGGCCCAUUCCCAGCCCCUCGGCCCGGAGCAGCACAUCAUCCUGGUGCGAGGAGCCAGUCCAGUCCAACAUGGACAUCUCCACCGGUCACAUGAUCUUGUCCUACAUGGAAGAUCAUCUGAAAAACAAGAAUCGUCUGGAGAAAGAGUGGGAAGCUCUGUGUGCUUAUCAGGCUGAACCCAAUGCCACCACCAUUGCACAGCAGGAGGAAAAUAUCCAGAAGAAUCGCUCACGGGCUGUAGUACCAUAUGAUCAUUCCAGGAUAUGUCUGAAAGCUGAAAAUAGCCACGACAAUUCAGACUACAUCAAUGCUAGCCCAAUUAUGGACCAUGACCCCCGAAACCCAGCAUAUAUUGCCACCCAGGGCCCUCUCCCUGCUACUGUCGCUGACUUCUGGCAGAUGGUCUGGGAGAACGGCUGUGUCGUUAUUGUCAUGCUGACACCCCUCGUGGAAAAUGGAGUCAAACAGUGCUACCACUAUUGGCCAGACGAAGGGUCAAACCUCUACCACAUCUAUGAGGUAAACCUUGUCUCUGAGCACAUCUGGUGCGAGGAUUUCCUCGUGAGGAGCUUCUACCUGAAGAACCUGCAGACAAACGAGACCCGUACAGUGACACAGUUCCACUUCCUCAGCUGGAACAAUCAGAGGGUUCCUGCUUCCACAAGAUCACUUCUGGAUUUCCGCAGAAAAGUAAACAAGUGCUACAGGGGUCGCUCUUGUCCAGUAGUUGUUCAUUGCAGCGAUGGUGCAGGAAGAAGUGGAACCUACAUUCUAAUUGACAUGGUUCUCAAUAAAAUGGCCAAAGGUGCUAAAGAGAUUGAUAUUGCUGCUACCCUGGAGCACUUGAGGGACCAGAGACCAGGCAUGGUCCAGACAAAGGAGCAGUUUGAGUUUGCUUUGACAGCGGUUGCAGAGGAGGUGAAUGCAAUACUCAAGGCACUUCCCCAGUGA